GCCUAAAAUGGGUGAUAUUGAAGGAUCACCAGGAAGUUCAAUGCAUGGUGUUACUGGUAGAGAACCAGUUCUUGCAUUUUCAGUUGCUUCACCAAUUGUACCAACUGAUACAUCAGCCAAUUUCAAAGUCCCUGUUGAUUCUGAACAUAAAGCUAAAGUUUUUAAAUUUUAUUCGUUUUCGAAACCUCAUGGACUAACGUUUCAACUCUCAUGGAUUUCAUUUUGUACUUGUUUCGUAUCGACUUUUGCUGCAGCCCCUUUAGUCCCUAUUAUUAGGGACAAUCUUAAUUUAACUAAAAUGGAUGUUGGUAAUGCUGGAGUUGCCUCUGUUUCGGGUAGUAUCUUGUCUAGGCUAGCUAUGGGCGCGAUUUGUGACAUGUUAGGUCCUAGAUAUGGUUGCGCGUUCCUUAUAAUGUUAUCAGCCCCAACUGUUUUUUGUAUGUCUUUUUUCGGGAUGAGAGGCAGAUUAUGGAAUUUAUGGAUUUUACAAACACUUGGUGGUGUGUUCUGUUUACUACUUGGAAGGGCUACUACACUUCCUCUGGCUAUUACUUGGAUGAUCAUAUUCUCAAUAGGUGCACAAGCAGCAUGUGGUGCAACGUUUGGAAUUAUUCCCUUUAUUUCGCGAAGAUCAUUAGGUAUAAUAUCAGGUAUGACAGGAGCUGGAGGCAAUUUUGGUUCCGGAUUGACACAACUACUGUUUUUCACGAGCACAAAGUACUCGACAGGAACAGGACUAACGUAUAUGGGGAUGAUGAUCAUCGCGUGUACACUUCCAGUAAUGUUAGUUCAUUUUCCACAGUGGGGUAGUAUGUUUUUGCCUCCAUCUAAAGAUCCUAUUAAGGGUACUGAAGAACAUUAUUUUGGUUCUGAGUAUACUGAGGAUGAGAAACAAAAGGGAAUGCACCAGAACAGCAUCAAGUUCGCGGAAAACAGCAGGACAGAGCGUGGGAAGAAGCGCGUUGGUUCAGCACCUACUCCGCCUAAUGUAACACCAAAUCGCGUCUGAUGGGGAAAAAAUUAAAAUACUUACUCGCAGUUCAUGCUCGU